AACUUUCGUAACUUUCUUGAUUUUUCUUGGAAAACAAGAGCAUAUGGAAAGGCCCCAUGGGGUUUUGUUGGUCGCAUUUAUUGUAGCAUCCACUAUUAUUCACCUUGUUCAAGCCGAAGAUCAGGAGGGGUUCAUCAGCGUGGAUUGUGGUCUACCCCCUAGUGAAGUGUCACCAUAUAUCGAGCCAGAUACUGGAUUAUGGUUCUCAUCAGACUCAGACUUCAUACAAAGCGGAAAGAUUGGGAAAAUUGACGCAAGUCUGCCCAAGACCCUAAAGUCUUACGUGACGUUGAGAUACUUUCCAGAUGGAAUACGCAACUGUUACAAUCUUGGUGUGAAGCAAGGGACAAAUUAUCUAAUCAGAGUUACAGUUCUGUAUGGAAAUUAUGACCGUCUUAACAUUUAUCCUAAAUUUGACUUAUACAUAGGCCCUAACUUUUGGGUAAAAAUAGGCGAGAAAGAAGAGAUAAGCGGUCAAACCGAGGAGAUCAUAUACAUCCCAAGAUCAAAUUACUUAGAUUUGUGCCUUGUCAAGACAGGCACUUCGACGCCAAUGAUUUCAUCCUUGGAACUAAGGCCACUAGCAAAUGAUGUUUACAUCACUGAAUCUGGUUCACUGAAGUCUUUGAAGAGAUACUAUCUUAGCAAUUCAGAGACCAUUCUAUCGUACCCAAAUGACGUCAACGACAGAAUAUGGGAACCAAAAUUUGAGUCAGAAUGGAAACAAAUUUCCACCAGCUUCGAAGCAAAUAACACCAAUGGUUUUCUUGUGCCUCAGAACGUGCUCAAGACCGCGGCAAUACCUGCGAAUGCUAGUGCACCGUUUAAUAUCACGGAGGAUCUUGAUUUUCCUGAUGACGAAAUUUACGUGUACCUACACUUCUCUGAGGUCCAAUCAUUACAAGCCAAUGAAUCUAGAGAGUUUGAC